GCCAUGUUGAAGUCGUGAGACCUACGAUUACCAAUUCGAUCCGCGCACUAUGGCUAGACCGAAUGUUGCUGCGGAGUAUAACUCCCAAGCUUCAGAUUAUGAGACCUUCACCAUCACCACGCCGAUCGGGCGGUUAGAGACCGAGCUUUAUCUCACCGCACUCAGCGACCCAAAUGGACUAAGCAUCCUUGACCUCGGAGGUGGGACCGGUCUUCGAGCUCGCGAGGCAGUUGAGCGUGGCGCUAGCUUGGUGGAUGUGGUGGACAUCUCUGCUGAGAUGCUCCAUGUCGGUAAGGAGGAGGCGGUGAAGCUUGGGGUUGGCGACCGUAUCCGGUGGUUCGAGGCCGACGUGUCUCAGUCGCUGAGCCACCUGGAUCUGAAGGAGUCGUAUGAUAUCGUGCAGGCAAACUGGGUUUUGGACCAUGCCGGGACUGUCGAGGUCCUGGACAGAAUGCUCACUACUGCCACGGCAUACCUAAAGCCUGGUGGCCGGUUCAUCUGCGUCCAUAUCGUCAACCCAAGGAGCCGCAACCUGAAAACUAAAAAGUAUGGCGUUUCUUACACAGACCUGGAGGAGAUCCCUGGGGGGCUCAAGUACUACGUGAAUUUAUGGGGAACGGAGCCACCGGUCAAAUUCGGAGGGUCAUCACUUGAGGUUCUAUAUUCCGGGUCUCUGUCCAUGUACGAGAAGUAUGGGCUGGUUGAUGCUGAUGUUAUCCCUGUUGAGAUGACGCAAAUUGUGAAGGGGGACCUGGAGUUCUGGAAAGAAUGCGUCGAGGAGCCCAUCAUUGAAUUUGUGACGGCUCGGAAGCCAAACUAG